CCGAUCUUCUACGGAAGACCGUUUCGCCCCUCCACACCACACCACACCACACCACAGCGGGAAGCCAGAGCUGCAACAAGAGCCAUCCACCCUACCCAACCGCGCCAUGGCUCUCUUGCUGGAAACAACGGUCGGUGACCUGGUGAUCGAUCUCGACGUCGAGGGCUCCCCGGCUCUGUGCAAAAACGUCCUGAAACUGGCCAAGGCUCGAUACUACACCGGAAGCCUCGUCUACAACGUGCAGCCGAACCGGUUUUUCCAGCUGGGGGAUCCGUGCGGCGACGGGACGGGCGGUGCAUGCAUCUACGGUUUGCUGGACGCCCACGACAAGGCUCGCAAGAGCAAUGGCGGCGCAAAACCCGACGUUCUCGCCAGCCAGCGUCGGUUCCUCAGGAGCGACAUGGGACGGGCGCUGACCGAGGGCGAAUGCCGGCAGAAGGGAAGGGUCGUGGCGACAGAGAUGAACGGAAUCCAAAACACGAUCGGCUCCCAGCUCCUGAUCACCGUGGACGAGGGCCCGGAACGGGCACUGGAUUCCUUCCGAAACGAUACCAAUACAAGCGGAAACAGAAACAGAAACAGAAACAACAAGGACGCCGGGGAGGCGGGAUUCGCGCCGAGCGAGGGACAACCGGUGCCACAAACCUUUCGAUCGGUGGGGACCGUCGCGGAGGACGACAGCGACGUCCUGGGGAAGAUCAACGCUGCCUACUGCGACGCCGACGGGAGGCCCUACGCCGACAUUCGGGUCCUUCGCGCCCUGGUGAUCGACGACCCCUACGAGGAUCCGGAGGGGAUGGACCAGCUGCUGGAGGACCGCGGCGUAAGAGUUUCAACCACGGCUCUGGCAGAGAAGCCAAGCCCCCCCGGCGGCGGGGAAACCAGCGGGGGCAGCGCAGCCGCGCUCCGCCAGAGAGUCUCGGCGUCUCCCGAGUACGAACGCCCCCCGGAAGAAAGAGUCGAGAUCCGGAUUAGUGCGAGCGAGGUGGACCAGGACGGGGCCACCGAGGAAGAGGAUCGGAAGAAACUCCGGUUGCAAGAAGAGGAACGCCUCAAGCGAGACGACAAAUCCAGGGCCAUGGUGCUGGAAAUGCUCGGUGAUCUGCCCUCGGCGGACAUCAAGGCGCCGGAAAACGUGCUCUUCGUCUGCAAGCUCAACUCGAUCACCGAGGACGACGACCUGGAACUGAUUUUUUCGCGCUUCGACGAAAAGGUUUCGGUGGAGAUCGUCCGGGACCACAAGACGGGGGCGUCCCUGCAGUACGCUUUCGCGGAGUUUACCACCAAGGAACAGGCCGCGGAAGCCUACUUCAAAAUGAACAACGCCCUCAUCGACGACAGACGAAUCAAGGUGGAUUUCAGCCAGAGCGUGUCCAAGGUCUGGGAUCGGUUCAACCAACGAAACAGGAAGGGAUCCUUUCCGUCCGGGGCCAUGCCGCGGGAUCCCUUCCACGAACAGAAACGGCACGGGAAUCGCGGCCGGGAACAGAAAGGCAGGGGCCAUGGCAGCGGUCGCAGAGACGAUAGAAGGGGCGCCAACAGCAGGACCAGCAACAAUUAUUCGCCGCGCCGGGACCACGAAAGCAACCACCGGGACGAUCGGUACCGCGAUUCGUCAACGAGGGACAGGGAUCGCUACCGCGGUGCAGACUACAGCAAGGGAAACCACGACAGGGACAGAAACAAAAACAGAGACAGAGACAGGGAUCGAUCGAGGUCCGGGGGCCACCGCGAUGGCCGUCACGACCCACACCACAAGAAUCGCUGUGAUCGCGAUCGCAAGGACCAUCGCAGCUUCCACGAGGGGCGGUCCUGCGAAAACAGAGAUCGCGGAAGUGCCAACGACAGCGGAAGCCGUUCGCGAUCGAGGCACCACGAACACCACCGCGGGAGGCGGGAAAAAUCGCCGUCGAAUCAUCGAACCGAGAGAAAACGGAGGCAAAACAGCGAUGCCGACGAUGGCUCUCGUGGCGACGACGACAGAAACCGCUCGCGGGAGGCUCAAAGGCGGAGGAGGGACGGUCGCGACCGGAGGCGUCGCAGCCACAGCCGCAGCCGCAGCAGCAGCCGAAGCCGCGACGAUCACAAGGCAUCCAGGAGCAGUGGCCACAGAAAGAGCAAAAGGAGUCGCGACAGAAAAGGCGACGACGAAAGACGAGACCACAAGCGCGACAGACGGGAUCGGAAACAUCGUGAUCACCGGUCUGGAUCGAAUCGUCACAGACGUGGUCGAAGCGAUUCUAGAUCAUAGACGCUAGAGCAAAAGAGAGGGGUUUAAACCACAU